AAGGGCUGGACCCCGCCGCGCAUCCCCGCCGCCUGGCUGGCCGGGGCCCGGGCCCGGGGGGGGGCGCUGCGCGGCCCCGGGGGGCGGCGGGGAGGGAGGGAGGGGGUGGCGGGGCCGGCGGGUCUGUAAAGCGCUUUCCCCUUCUCUUCUGCCAGCCGCGGGGAGGACGCGCGUCCUGGCUCGGCGGAGGUGCCCCCCCCCCCCCGCGCAGCCCCCCAGCCCCGCCGGGCGGGCCGGUGAGGCCGGGACCCCCCCCCCGUGCCGGGGCGCCCAGCGGUGCCGCAGACAAUGCGCGGCGGGAGCAGCCCCGGGGACCCGCGCGCCGCCGCCGCCACCGCUGCGCGCCCGCAGCAGCCGCAAUGACAGCAGCCGCCUGGGGUGGCUGCGGGCAGCGGGCGGGAGCAUGAAGUGAAGAGACCGCUGCAGUGCUCAAGAUGAACUCCUCUCUGGUUGGCAACCAGAGUGGCCGGCCGUUCUGCCUCCUGGCCGUCAGCUAUCUGGAGACCAUCAAUUUCUGCCUCCUGGAAGUGGUCAUUAUUGUGUUCCUCAUGGUGCUGAUUAUUUCUGGCAACAUUAUCGUGAUCUUUGUCUUUCACUGUGCACCUCUGCUGAACCACCACACCACCAGCUACUUCAUCCAGACUAUGGCGUAUGCUGACCUCCUGGUGGGCGUGAGCUGUCUGGUGCCUUCUUUGUCUCUGCUGCACUAUCCUAUUGUUUUAAGUGAGUCCUUGGUUUGCCAAAUCUUUGGGUAUGUGGUAUCGGUGCUGAAGAGCGUCUCCAUGGCCUCUUUGGCGUGCAUCAGUAUUGACAGGUACAUUGCCAUCACAAAGCCGCUGACCUACAACACGCUGGUUACCCCGUGGAGGCUUCGGAUCUGCAUACUGAUCAUCUGGCUCUACUCCUGCCUGGUCUUCUUACCCUCCUUCCGCUGGGGAAAGCCUGGAUACCACGGGGAUGUGUUUCAGUGGUGUGCCAAUUCCUGGAACACCGAUCCCUACUUUACCCUCUUCAUUGUGGUGAUGCUCUACGCCCCAGCUGCGUUCAUCGUCUGCUUCACUUACUUCAACAUCUUCCGCAUCUGCCAGCAGCACACCAAGGAGAUCAACGAGAGGCGAGUGCGCUUCAGCUCUCAGGAUGGGGAGGCUGGGGAGGCACAGCCCUGCCCGGACAAGCGCUACGCCAUGGUUCUUUUCCGCAUCACCAGUGUCUUCUAUAUCCUCUGGUUGCCCUACAUUAUCUAUUUCCUGCUGGAGAGCUCCAAUGUCUAUAGUAACCGCAUUGCAUCCUUCUUGACCACUUGGCUUGCCAUUAGCAACAGUUUCUGCAACUGUGUCAUUUACAGUCUCUCCAACAGUGUCUUUCAGAAGGGGCUUAAGCGUCUCUCGGGGGCUAUCUGCGCCUCUUGCGCUAGGCAGAGGGUAGCUAAGGACUCCUCUGCCUCUAGAAGCAAAAGAUCUUCCAACGGAUGUCAUGUUUAAAGACGCCUAUCAGCUGGACUGGGAAGUGCAGGGACAAUUCCGUGAAUUACAAAAUAAGUUAAAUAUGAUUUUAAGAUGUCCAGAUUUGCAAAAAGGUUUCUGAGAAAUGCUGCUGACAUAGAAGAAUCAGGAGCACAUAUCAUUGUGGUUGCGCUUUGAAAAAUUAUUGCUGUGGAGGAGGCUGUGGAGUUUCACCUCCAUAUUCAUUUUUAAGAAUAAAGCUGUAUCUUGACACUUACCUCUCCAGCUGGUGUGACUGAAUGGAGUGGGUGUCUGAGAGCUUCGGCAAAAUGUAGUCUUUCUUACAGCUUUACUAGGUUCUUUCGAGAUUCGUGCUUCACAUGUAAAUGAUAGAUCUGAAGUGGAAAUGUCACAGUAUAUGGUAUAUUACAGGGAUUUUUUUAAUACAUGCCAAAGUAUAUUGACACAGUGUUCCAGCAUCGUAACAGAAGGGGCCAAACAAUUUGUUUUUCAGUGCUACCUAGACAGGACUUCUAGAACUGUAGUGAACGAUGUGAACGUCUUAGUGUGAACUUAGAGUCUUAUUGAGCCAUGAGUGCAGCGAUGUGACUCGGAACGAUUGUAGACUUACGAGGACUGGUCUGGCUUCUGUGCCCCGUUGCUCUGGUGGGAUGCGUGUGUGCGAUCAGAGUACGGCAUCUUCAUAUUCCUGUUUGUUGUGAAGUAAGAAGAAAAACUUGGAUCAGAUCAAAUUUAGCAGUUUAAAUAAAAUGUGUUUUGGUAAGCUAAGAGAAAAGACAUGUUGCUUUGUGAUACCAGAGUUGUGGCAGCCACUUGAGGAUGAUGCCAACAUGUGAAAAUUAUUCGCAAACCAGUGGAGAAAUGCCACAGUUUUCUAUGUGGAAAUUUUCUCAAGAACAACUUUAAAAAUAACAUGUCCCCUUUUUUUUUUUUUUUUUUUAAUCUAAAUUCUUCUGAUAUUUUACAUACUAGAACUUAAGGGGAAAGGAAAGAAAACAAUUGUCUUCUAAACAGCUAAGGGAACUAUGCUGUAAAUUUAACUGUAGUAUUUGAGUUAUUCAUAAGUGCACAGAGCUAAAUCAGAGACACUUUUCUUUAGCCUUCGUGGGAUUAAAGAUAGUUCGAAUAUAGCAGGAGCUAAAUCCUGUUGGCAAACGCAUAUCUAACUGGUCAAACAAAGUCAGUAUGUGAGAAACAAAAUCUCAUUGACCACAGCUUUUUCAAGCUCGCUUAGAUUAAAUAUUUUUGAGUGCUGUAAUGCUGUUAAGAAGGCAGUGUGGCCCUCAAAUUGAUUAGUUUUUCCUGAAGGAUAUCCUUUCCUUUUGACUGAUGCCAUAUUGGGAAAUGAAAGUGAACCAAGUAUUCCUGUAAUAACAGAUUACAGUCUGUGUCAGUUUAUCUCCCCCUGCUCCUGGUGAGGGCUGUGUCCCCACCACAGCCGCUCGGGGAGUGGGGUAUACACCGUGGCUGUCCACAGUUGGCUUCCUUCGUUGUGCUUCCAGGCUGCUGGGAGCCUGGGGAAUUCUGUGAGCUCGUGUGUUACGGUUGGUGUGUGGCAUAGUGGGAAUGAAAAAAUAUUUGGGAAAAGUAGUUUGAUUUAUUUUUGUUUUUGUUUUAGAGUCGGGGUAAUUCUCUUUGCCGAAGGGGAGACUAUAUUUUCAUUAAAUGGUUUCGCGCCUACUGUUGUUAUAGAUCAAGAUCAUCUUUUUUUUUAUUAUUAUUAUUAUUAUUAUUUUUAUUAUUGCACACUGUCCCUCCCCCAAGCACACACAUACCCUCCUGCCGGGAGCCCCAGCCUCUUGUCUUCCAGGCUUUGCCACCGAGGGUGACGGUUUGUGUCUCUGUGCUGUCACAUGAGACGAUUGCUGCAGCCUGUCCUGCUCGCUGCCCGCCUGCAUUUAUGCCAGUACAGCCUUGUGGGGCUGCCGUGGAGGAGAGAGAAGAAAAGCCAGAGCAGCAGGAUGCAGCGCUCCUGGCAUGACUGGCCCUUGCCCGCACUCAUUGCCGACAGACAUGAGUUCCUCUGAUGGGUAUGGAUGUGCCUGGCCCUGGGGAGGAUGGGGCAGACCCCCACUGCUGCGGCCCCAUUUUUGUUUUAAACCUGUUGCAAAGCGCAUUGAAGGCAUGUUUUGGUUUGCUUUCAACGUCUUCUAUCCAUAGUCCAAACCUCUCAAGGCAAACUUCCUCCUUAGUUCAUCUGAAAUUCUAGGAACAAAGGUUGUCUGAACCCCGAUGCCUUCACAACGAUGUUUCUUGUUGUCUUUUGUAGUAAGACGGUGGCUGGAGCAGGCAUGGGCGGCGGAGGUGGUUUACCCUGCAGAGCUGCUGCGCCUGACGUCUGAGGCACAGCCAGCUGUGGGGGGAGCGGGUGUAAGAGCGUCCUGAGUCAUUUAUGAGUAUAAUAAGCUCUUAGCACAUCAGCUGGCUAAUUGUUCUCAAGUGUUUUGUAGGUAUUACGGCAAAGGUGGGCUUUGGGGAACAAUUUAAGGGCUUUAGUCACUAAUAUCAAAGCGUGUGUGUAUGGGAUUUUUGGAACAGCCUCUCAGGUAAACUCCCAAUAGCUUUUCUCUGACUCUUCACCUUAUCUAACAUUUCCAAGUCUUUGAAGUGAUGCAAUCUAUCAUUGAAAUAGUAUUUGAUAAAAUUUAAUAGAAGAAAAGAAUCUGCUAGGGCCUAAACCCCUAAAAAUGGCAGUUUCAGGUUUAAGUGGAAGCUGGAGAGCAAAGAUUGUUGCUUUUUUUCUUCUUUUCAUAGCAUGAAUAGAGGGUUUAACUAGGAGCAUUGUAUGCUAGUUUUUGAGAAUAUGGAGAAUUUUAAAAAGUGGUAAGGGGUCUGAAUCAUGGCAUAGAGAUUUAACUCGAAGUGAAGCAGUUGCUACUUCAGCUGUAAGUCUAGAAUUGUACUUGAAGUGUAGUAGUCAUUACAGAUGCAGAUGCAUGCUGUUGUUGCUUUGCAGCUAAGAUUCAGUGAUAACAUUCCGAACAGCCAGGCUUUUGUUCAGUUGCCUUACUCAUCUCAAAGUCUUUAUCAGCUCAGAUGAUUUCUGUGAGAGGUGAAUCUGGGAGCCUCCAAAAGAUGAAGGCAGAGAGGAGCUGCAGCCAGUUGGUGCAUUCAAGUUUCAUCCAGUGUUUAUACAGACACUUUUAAGUGUUGCCUCAGUAACGUAGUUUGUGUCAAAUAUUUCUCUUUUUGUCUGUGUUAAUUUAUUGAUUAUUUUUUUAAAAGAAGUAAAUUACUUUUUUUCCCUCUAAGUUAAUUUAAUGUUGAUCUAGGUUUGUAUUUGAUUAGAUGUUUUAAAUAUUUAUAAGUUUGAGUCUGUUGUCUUCAGUGAAAUGGCACAGGGGUGCAUCUUGUUCAUGGUGCGAGCUGUGGAAGAAGUGAUUUUGAGAGGUAUUACCUUGUUUGCUCAGCAGAUCGUUUAGCAUCCUCUGUCAUGUAGUUCACAUGAGGCACAGGAGUCCUCUUCAUGACAAUCUGUGCUAUGAAUUGUUAGGCAGCAAACUUUCCAGUUGGAUCACUUUCAUCAUUGUGCAUACGAAACUACUCCUUUUUUGGCUAUAUUUGUACCCAAGUGUGCCUAGUGCUUUAGAAAUCGGUGUCAAGAGCACAGAUAAAUGCCACACUGAGGAGAGUACAGAAAUCAAAUUGCAUCUUCAUAAAAAUUGUGUGUUGUGAUAUGAUUAAAUGAACUAAUUUUGAAGUUCCAUGUCACGCUAUACUUGUUUUUAAUUAUUUUUUUUAAAUUGGGAUUAUCUGCCUCACUUUCAAAUUAAGCUGCUAGAAGGUUCAGUUUGCAGGAUGCAAUUCAGUGGCUUUUUUUUUUUUUUAGUACCAUGGGAAGGAUCUCUAUAUGCACAACUUCUCAGAAGGUGAUAAUUUACUUCAUUUAGAGCUCUUUAUUAUUAUUUUUUAAGUUUACUGGAAGUUUAGGUUAUGAUUAUAUUGUAAUUUUCCAAAGACUUGGAGAAAACCUGUGAAAUAAUAUUUUUUUAUAAUCUUUAAUCAAGUGACAGUAUUUUUUAACUCAACAGAUAUCUUUUGUGUGAAACAAAAGUGUUGCUGUUACCUACUGUUAGUUUUUUUUAAUUAAAUGUUACUAGUUUCUACAGUCUUUGUUUGCUCUUAGGGGUUUUGUACUUGUUUUUUAAGAACUCAGAAAUUUGAUUCUACUAGUUGGAAUUCUGACCUGGCUCAGUGUCAGAGUGCCAGAGGGCAGUCUUGAAUAUUUGUCACAAAUCUUUGACAAGAAGGAAGUGGUACAAAGUACCGACACACAGAGCAUCGCAAGGUAGCACGAGGUUGUGCCGAGAGUCUUUCUUACAGCCAACUCGAAUGAGAAUUGCCAAAUUUGAGUUUUGCACGGCAUCUCUAUGGCGUGCUUCCUUUCCUGCUCAUGUAAAGGUUUUACCUGUAAGAAGUCCUAAAUUUCAGUAGUUUGUUGCUUCUGAUAAAGACACUUCCAAGGCCUGUAUGUGAUGUGAGAUGGACGCGUUCAGUAUACAACUUCAAUAGGCAGAUUUUUUGAUAUUUAUUGUGGUGUUGCCAACUGCUGUGAUGAUAAUGGAUGCACUGAACCUUCAUGAGUCGGGAAGUCUGAAACGUUUCAGUCUGAUCUGACUCCAUGUCAGGGUUUGAAGGUGACAGGACUUCUCAUUCGGGUCAGUGCUUUAAAAAACGUAUUUCUUAGGAACUAAUACCUGAGCAUAGGAGCCUACCUUUAGACGUCUACCUUCUAGACAUUACAAACAAAAGGCCUGGUUAAAAUUUUUCCUAUUACUUGAUUCAUCUGUUGCAGGUAAUUUUAAUUUACUAAGAGGAGGUGGAGGUUUUGGAGGGCUUUUGCUCUUGUUUUAACACAUUUUUGGCUCUGGGUACUUGAAGCACCUGCUAAAACAUUUGCCUGACCUGGCCCUUAUUUCGUUUAGUUUAGAAACCUUUUCCUUCCCUUCUAUGACUUUGCAGAAUAUGACGAUGCGUCCUUUUGUGGUGUCAUUCAAGAUAAACUUGGAUUUUACCUCACUACCAACAUGUCUGAAGUUGGCAAAGCACAUGUUUGUAACGGAUACUCUGCUGAGAUCUGAGAGAUGUAAAAGACUGUAGUUUUUAUACUUAAGUGGAGGAAGAGUAGAUGUCUUCCUUUAUGCAAUUGAAGGAAUGGACACUUUGCAAAUGCUGGGCUUGUUCUGUUGAGGCUUCCAGGAGGGGAGAGGCUGGGACAUAACGACGGUGGAGAAAUGCCCAAGCCGAGCCAGUUUGUUCUCCCCCUGAAGCUGUGCUUCUUUCCUCCUGUCUCAGCCCGCCUGGUCCUUUCAGUCUUUGCUCUGCUCUUCUCUUGCUCUUCCUAUUGCUGAAUUCAGAGCUCUUGUGAGCAUGGUUAACAUAGGGCUGUUUUUAUCUUUCAUAGUCUUUAUACUAUGAACACUGUUGUUUGUAUGUGGCUGUGGUCUCAGGUCAGUAUAUUAGAUGUGUUAGUCACUUUGGGACCCCUAAGACUUCGGAAUCAUGUGAGCUUGAAGUACAUUUGGCUGAGGUUGGGUUGGACCUUGGCAUGAGCUGCAGGUGGUCAGGCUGUUGGGCCGUUUAGGUUUUAUAGACUGUCUCCAUGAAAGUAAACACCCCUCCUUUAGGAUGAUGGGAGAAUCCCCCAUCACGAAAACAACCUAUUUUGCACUUGGAGUGUUCUCCUGACUUCUGGAGGCUGACGUCUUAAAGCUUCUCCGUUGUAAAUCCCUUAUUGCCUGUGCACUGCAGAGGUACUGCUUUGAAAGACAUUUUCUGCAGAUAAGCACAGGCAGAAAAUUCAAUGCUAAAAUUCUGUAUGUAAAAUUUUUAUGGAAGAGGAUAGCUCUUCAACAUUAAAAUUGAGUAUGUGUAAAACCAGAUACAGUUGUAUUUAGAGAAAGAAACUGAAAGUUGUGGCCAGUGGAAACAAACAAAGGAAACCGGCUGGACAGCUGUGCCUGCAUUGGUGGUCGGAUGGAAAUUGCAGUUCUGUCAAAACAAUGGAGUAUUUAAUUUGGGUCAUAGUCUUUACAUUUUUUUUUUAAGCGAUGGAGUUUAACCUUCUAGCUUUUGCUUUGCUGCACUCUGAAGGCAGUUGGGCUGCACCUCGGGCUCCCACACCUGCAGCAAUUGGAUUCCCUUCAGACCCGGAGCAGCAAUCCAGCCCCUCCAUUUCAGUUCAGGUAAAAUGGGAUGAUACCAGUCUGCGUCAUGGUUGACCAUCUGAGGUGUUCUAGCAACAGGGAAACAAUCUAAUGUGAUAUGGUUGCUGUAGUCAUCUUUUCAGUUUAUUUUUUCCCAUGAGACGGUGUUUUCCGGACAGGUGAGGUGUUCUGCCUGGGCAGGCAGCUGGUGGCUCCACUCUGCGCUGGCUGCUGCCACUUGGCAGGUCUUAUUCCCAUUGCAGAGUUAAAACAAGCCAUGGUCUGUGUCUGUUGCAAAUGCAUUUAGUGGUGGUGGCAAACAGGAGUGUUUGCGGAGCUCGCCCAUAGCAUAUUUGCAUCUCUUGAGCUUUAGCAGUUAAUGAAAACAGAAAUGUAAGUUGCGUUCCUGUAUCCUGAUCCAGGGUGUUUGGUUACAGCCUCUGAUGUACUUUUGCCAUCUGCCCAGUCAGAACCAAUUCUUUAGCUAGAGAAUAUGGAAACUGAGGGACAGAAGUUGUUGAAGUCCUCUCUGUUGUGCCCUGAUGCUGUUGUGGGGACGUUGGAUUGCAGGGUUGAUAGAGGGGCAGGCUCUGCGCCGGGGGGAGACCAGCGGCCAGGUCACUGCGGGGCUGUUACCUGUGCGCUGGCUGGUAACUGGUAGCUUCAUUUGCGGAGGAGUUUUUAGAAAUGCUGGGUGGGUGCACGUUGUCUUAGGUUGUAUUUGGAAUCUGAGUUUUGACAGCAAAAUGUGUGCUGAAGUCGGCAGUCGCCGCGUUGCAGAGGGAUGCUGUGCCGGGGCAGCUCCUUCGCAUGCUGGGAGGAGGGAAGGGCGUCCCAACUUUCUGUUCCAACUUCUUUCUUUUUAUGAAUUUGUGAGAUGAGGAUAGCAAUUUUGUAAUUCAAAGCUUUGGCUUCUCUCUGCUGGUCGUUACUGGAGAUCCUUUAAUUACGAAGUUCAAUAAAUUCAAGUAGCUCCUUGUAAAGAUGAACUCAAAUCUUGCUGUGCAUAUGUGAAUCAUUCGUGAGUGCUACAAAGGUCACGUGAUACAAGCAAUCAAAUGCUUAAUAAACCAAGUCAUUACUUUACGGUAAAUUGAAAAAAGUUCUUUUGGGAUUUCAACUGUAAAUGAGUCCUUGAAAAUCAAUAAUUAGAUUAGUAAAGGAUGACAUUUUAAUAUGCUGGCAGGAAUAUAGAGGGAUUUGUCAGGGGAAGCAAAAACAGACUUUGCACUAAAGUGGCUUAGGUAUAUUUAUAGUGCUAGUGAUUUUGUGUGUGUGAAAUCUUUGGACUAUUUUAAUAAUUAUAUUAAGUAAGGCUUUGAGCUUUAGCUAACUCAAGUUGCUUGUUUUAUGAAGUUACAUUAGUACCACACUGUGAAGUAUUUUUAAAUAUUAGCAUUACUGAGUAUUAAAAGUAUUUCAUAAAAACAUUUUUUUAAAAUGUUUUCUGUAGAUGCUGUCAAAGAAAUUGAUGUUUAGUGUACAAAGAAAUAAAACCCUGAGGGCUGUAAGGUACCUGUAUGUUUCUGAUCACCUCGGUUUUUGAGGGGUUUCAAAACUGUUCAAAACAAGAAUGGUAUUUCUUGAGGUUAAAUUGUCAUUAAAACCUACUAAAAAUAAUGGUGCAGUUAAUCCUUUCAGAUCCCAGGAAGCAGCAUUACCUCCAGACAUGCUUUUGAACUGUCUGAAAGGAUUUGCAAUCACGUAUAUUGUCUUCACAGACUUAACGUCUUUAGAAAUGCUGUAGAGCACAGUGUUUUGCGAGUUCCUAUACUGAUAAAUUUCUCUCCGUGUGUAAUCUUUGAAACUAGUUUCUAUUGUAACUCUAGCAUGUAAACACUAGAUUCAAUUUUGUAUUCCUCUAAUGAAUGCAACAGGAUGGAAACGAGUUUGCAGUUGCUAAUGAUGAGCUUUUUUACUGUUCUUAAUACUCGUGGGUAUGUCUUUUUCUUCAGGGAUUUCAAAAUUGUAUUAGUACCUUUUUUUAAUUGUUGUUUUUUCACAUGCUGUUUACAAUUAAACUGCAAGCAUGGGAGGCUCUGCGUGCAUGUGGCUUUUAGGUUGCUUUGCUGAAUGAAAUAACAGUGGAGCAACCUUACUUUAAAGGAUGCUCGCUUUCCCUUGUGUCCCACCUGUCUCCCUGUGCCCUCAUGGUAACUAGGACAGCAGAAGCCACUGGUGAGAUGGUUUCAGUGUGUUCUGUGGUGAUUUGACAUUUGUCAAAGGGUCGUUAUGAGGAGUUUCGUUUGGGAGACAGUCCAGCUCCUUACACAAGUAGUAUUACAACUGGUAGUUUUUUUCCCUGAGUGUCAGUGUAAAGACCAAGAAUAGACAAAAUCACAGGUAAGAAUGUGUGUGCGUGUGUUUGUAAGAACUUUGUGCACCUUUUAAUGCUGGACAUUUUUUCAUAUUAAAAGAUGAGAAAUACGUGCGAGUGUGAAACCCCUGCUGUGAAGAACUACAGAAAAAAAAUCCACCAAAGCAGAUUAGAAAAGCAAACAGGUGAAUCAGAGGCAAUCCGAUCCUUUGGGGUCUAAUGCCGUGUGUAAUUCUGACACAACAGGGAGUAUCGGGGUGCCAGCCUGUUCUCCUCGCCGUCCCUUGUCUCUGCCUGGGUUUGCUCUGUUUUGUUCUGCAAGGGGAGGGGGCGAUGGUGCAGGGGGGUGUUUGUGAUGUGCAGGGCAGCUGAGGGAGAGUUAUUGUUGUGGCUCCAGAACUAUGUACUUUGUGCCAACUCAGAAUUGCUGUUAAAAUACAGGGCAGAGGAGUACUUCUACCCCAUUGUUUUAAUAGAUACUUCUGUAGCUGAUUUUUCAGCUAAGACUAAUAAUAAGAAAAACUACGGUUGAGCCAAAAAUGACAAAUGUUACUGAGUUAAAAUAAUACUUGCAUAUUUUUAAAUAUUAAAUGGAACUAGAUAAAUCGGAAGCAUGUAAAUAUCUGAUUCUAAAUCUUUGCAUAAUUAUUUCCAAGAGGUAAUUUUUGCUAUGAGUUAUUAAGACUCAAAGAAAUGUAUUAUUCCCUUUGAUCUGUACCCCAAGCUGUGUCACACAUCUCUUGGCUUGUUUCCUUUUUGCUGUAGGUGUACAUACAUAUAUAUGUGUACUAUGUGACUGUACAGUUACUGCCGUGUUAAAGUGCUUGUUUUGAAAUACAUAUAUGUAUUUUACAUAUGUAUGUGGCUGUGUGUGUGUAUAUAUGGAUUUUAAAACAAGCAGUUUCAUAGGGCAGUUAUUGUACAGUUACAGAGCUUUAGGGCUUUGUACGGUAUGUAAUUUUAAGAAUGUCAAUGUGGUUCUUAGCAAGUUUUAUAAACACUUUUCUGAAUCUGUUAUCAGCACUUGCCAUCCUAAGAGAAAUUGCACAUUUUUCAGUGAUUGUUCCACUGGUUACAUUUUUGUCUGCCAUUUGUUCUGGAUUGAUGUAAUCUUGAUACUACUAAAAUUUCAAGGGCUGUUGACGCAUUUCACAUAGCCUAGGUUUGCCUGUUCUCCAAAUAUAUGGAUCAUGCAUCAACAGUACUAAGUAGCCUUACUGUUUUGCCUAAAAGCCUAGCUAAUUUAUUUAAUAUUCUCUCUUUAAAGAGAGGUCUCUGGAAGGGGUAGCGUAUUUUAAGAUGCUCCUUCUCUUUAAAGGGAAACUCAGAAUUGAAUAGCAGUACUUGUUGAUCAGUGAUAUUAUUGUAGCCAAAGGAUGCAUGGGUGGUUUAAUAGGAAGUUUUUGCUUCAAGUUUCUUGAUGAAAUGUAGUGUUCUACAGAGCUGUGUGAAGAGUGUAGUUUUUUAUUCUGAAAUGCACUUGUACACUUUAUUUGAAAGGUCUGAAUGGAUCAUAAAUACAUUUAAGAAAUAAAUGAUACAUCACAUGUUUUCA